AAAGGGGUGUCAAAUCUCACACAAGACACAAGGACUGCUGCAAGAGGACAAGGGGAGAUGGUUUCAAACUAAAAGAGGGGAGGUUUAGAUUGGAUGUAAGGAAGUUCUUUACAAUAAGGGCAGUGAGGCAGCGGCACAGGCUGCUUAGGGAGGCAGUGGUGCCCCAUCCCUGCAGACACCCAAGGUCAGGCUGGGUGGACUCUGAGCACUGAUGGAGCUGUGGCUGUCCCUGUACAUUGUGGGGGAGCUGAACUAUAAGGCCUUUAAAGAUCCAUUCCAACUGAAAUGAUUCUGUGACUCUAUGAUUCUAUGACAUACGGCAGCUGGCAAACAGUCCAUGUGAAACAACCUCAUCACUGGACGACAGCCUCAGGUCAUGCACAGGGCUCACCCAUCGUGCGCCUCUCAUGACCACUUUGGUAUGUUCUCAGUGCCCAAACUGUUAAAUGUUCCUAGGCACCAAACUCACACUGAAAUUGAAAACUGAUUCUAACAUCGCCUGGUGAUGGGUUAGAUUUGCAAGCAGUGAUGCUGUGAUCCCAUGGUAUUGACCAUGCUAACUAAGCCCUCCCAAACCCACUCUGGCUUUUCAGUAGCACACUGCAAAGUGCAGGACAGAAACACCGGGGCUGGCUGCACAGGGCCAGCAUGGGCACGGCUCCACAUCUGCCACCGCAGACCCAAGGCAGGGCUGUGCAGAAUGGAUAGAACUUAGAGAGCAUCCCAAGAAGGAAGGGACACACAGGGAUCCAGUCCAACCCUUGGUUCCACACAGGACCAUCCAAACCCAAACCCUAUGGCUGAGAGCGGUGUCCCAACGCUAUUUGAGCCCUGGCAGCGUGGAGCCUUGCCCACAGUCCAGGCGACCAGAACCGAUCCUCCUCAAAGGUGCACGGGCACCGGUACUCGGCCAGGCGGGCGCCUGCCCCGGGCCGUGCCGGACAGCAGCUGCUGGCAGCCAUGGUGCUGCGCCCCGCCGUGCCUCGGGCCAGGAGCCUGGGGAAGCCCCAGCACCAAGGCGGGGGCUGCGAGGGCACUUAGUACAACCUGCUCUGGGUGUUCACUGAAGGGAGCCUGAGCCAGCACUCUCCUGCGCAAUGACACUGACCCAAGCUGAGAAGGCCGCCGUGGCCACCAUCUGGGCAAAGGUGGCUACCCAGAUUGAGGCCAUUGGGGCAGAAUCACUGGAGAGGCUUUUCUCCAGCUAUCCUCAGACGAAAACCUACUUCCCUCAUUUUGAUCUCAGCCAAGGCUCAGUUCAGCUUCGUAGUCAUGGCUCCAAGGUCCUGAAUGCCAUUGGGGAAGCUGUGAAGAACAUUGAUGACAUUAGAGGCGCUUUGGCCAAACUCAGCGAGCUGCAUGCUUACAUCCUUAGGGUGGACCCAGUGAACUUCAAGCUGCUUUCCCACUGUAUCCUGUGCUCCAUUGCUGCCCGCUAUCCCAGUGAUUUCACCCCAGAAGUUCAUGCUGCAUGGGACAAGUUCCUGUCCAGUGUUGCCUCUGUUCUGACCGAGAAGUACAGAUAAAUGGCUUCCACAAAGGGCUAGGGACGCACCUCCAUGGCACACAACAGCUGCCAAGUUCUGGGAUAUUCUUCCUAUGCGGUCCUCUCAACUCCCGUAUGCAGGGGCUCAGCUGUCUGCAGACCACAAUAAAUAAUUCA